AGUACUGCAAGUGACAUAAUCUCAAGAAUGUUACGUGUCUCACAAUUUUUAUUACUUAUUUCCAGCAUGUACUUGAAGGUAUCAUCACGAAUACCCAGAACAUUUUCAACAACAUACGUCGGCCUUCAAGAUGACAACAAUUUUGGGCACAGUGGGUACGCAUAUUUAUCAUCAGAUACAGCAAAACCAGAGCUAGAAUUAUCAUCAUGUCAAUAUGUAGACGUUAAUAUAACUACAUGUCAAGUUCAGUUUGCGAAAUUCAGAAAACGAGGAGACGUUUUUGCGAUUCGUGCAUGGGGGGCUGCAACAAUACGUGACAAUAUUCUUGCAUUUGUAAGUUAUUUAUUACACCAAACAACACACAAAUUUUCAGAUGAUGCUGAGUCAAGUUUGAUUAUUAUAUAUGAGGAAAUACGAAAAAAUAAUUUACGUAUAAUGGAUUUUUUACCAUUAACGAAUAACAUACCGAGAUUGCACGGAGCAGGUCAAUUUGCUAAGCUAUUUUUAAACUUACAAUACAUAAUGCCGCUAUUUUGUAAAAGCGCAUUACAAGUAUUAGCGAACACAAUGCUUAAAUUAAAAGAAAGUGAAGAUAAAUAUAACCAAGAUGAUAUUUAUAUUCACUCUGAGAACAAUGUUAAAAUAAAAUUUCAUGAAAUAGAUAUAUAUGCAGAUAUUGGUUUACAUAUUUUGCCAUUACUGCGUAUUACAUAUGCCGGUAAAGAUUUUCAUGUUGAUAAACACGUCAACAAAUCAUUAGGACAUGAGUUUGCAAUAAUGUUUGUGAUGAUCCAACGAGGAAAACUUCCAUUAACUCAACCAAUAUUAGCAGCGUUAUUAAUAAAUAUGAGAUUUGAUGAUUUGUCGCCGAGAGAAAGUGAAGAUUUGAAAUUUCUUAUAGAUAUAUUGCGCAACAAUAAAGUUAACAAGUGGUCACCAAAUUUUAUUGGAUCAUCACAUCUUGAUAAUCCGUAUGAUUUGGUUGAGAGCACGUUCAAAUCUAUUGCAAAUCAUCCUGAUGUAAACGCUUUAUUAAGUGAUAUUGCAAAUGAUUUACAAAAUAGAGUCCAUUCAACUCCUCAUACUCAUGAAACAAAAUUGAUGGAACCAUUUUUCAAUACCGAAGAAUUGAAUAUUACUUUGUUGUUCGAAGUAACAAAAUCAAGUCUACCAACUAAUACUAAUGUCAAAAGAUUACAAGAAUUAGUUGAAAACGGGACCAUUAAUAUGUUUUAUGCAUUGAAAGGUUUCGUUCGUUAUAAUUACAAUACACCAAAAAAUUUAAUAAUUGCAUUUUUUCAACGGCUAAAAAUGCGCGCCCCAAGUCAUCCGAAUACUAUGUUUCUGUUAAAUCAAAUCGUUGAUGAAUUAUCAGAUCCUGAAAUUCAAGUGCGCGUACACAGUCAUCAUUAUAGAAAAAAUAGUAGUCGUCGGGAUUAUUCAAGUAGAAGAGAUUUACAUAAGUUAAUACAUUCGAAGAAUAAAUAUGUCAAAUUUCGUCCGCCAUUAAUUCAAAUGUUUCGUCAAAAAUUUAAGAAAAUUGAAACAAAUGUCACAGUACGUUUGGACGAUUCACCAUCAAAUUCAACGGUAAAUUGUGAAGAGGUAUCAAAACCACCAUUGGAAUCUUGGUUGAAAAAUCUUGAUUAUCCUAUACGUAAUGUAAAUCUUACUGAUUUGAUAGCCGAUGCAAGUAUAUUUUUGGCUAAAUUCAUUAAUGAUAAUACCGAAAUAAGCAAUUUCAUGAUUGAUUUGCUGAUUAAACGUAAAAUAGAAAGAGAACAUUUUUUGAAAAGUGAGGUUAUAUUGUCAAACAUAACUUAUGAGGGCACGGCACGAGAUUUGUUGAAGUAUUUGUUUAAAAAAGUCAUUAAUAUUAAUAAAGUGCGUGCGAGAAGUUUAAUUUACUAUGACAUGAUAAAAAUAUACUGUAGAUUGAUAAACGAACAUGAAAACGUUAUUUUUGAUACAUCAUCGCUGAAAUUAGAUGAAUUGGCACGAAAUAAUUCAAUUGAACUAUUUAGGAGUACUGUAAGCCCUUCAUUGCAAAGAGUUAUUGACAGUUACAAUGCCUCGAAUCAUUCAGCUAUUUAUUGGAAUAAUUACACGACAAAUCGUCAACUAAUAAGUGAUUUAUGUCGUGUCUAUUUACUUCAACCUCCUGUUAAAGAAGAUGAUACAUUAUUUAAUGAACUAUUAAUUAUCUUGCAUACUAUUUAUCAUGUACCGAUAAAGUUCACAGAAUUACUUAAUAUUUAUGAUUUCAAAACGUUGUAUGAAAUUAAGGAUCUGAGAAUGAUACAAGAGUUGUUAAUGAAACCUGAUGUAAUGCAGUUACUUGGCGACGAUUUCGAUUUGGGUAGAUAUCCUUACAAGGGUGUUAUGUUAAAGGAAAUUUUAAAUCGUCUGAUUGCUUACAAUGAUAUUAGGAAAAAUGUGACACUUUUAAAAGUUGUGGAAUUACAAAUUAGCGACAUAACCUGUGAUGGGCAUUGGGCGGAACCGGUUACGGAAAUUUUGUCAGAUGUUUUGACGGAUCAAGUUGAUAUUAAUAAAAUUUUUGACUUAGGAUUGGACUCGAGAAAACUUACUCCUGAGGUACAGAAUGCUUUUAUUGACAUGUGGAAUUGGUAUGGGGGAAUGUUUAAUCCGAUAACUUAUAUGAAAGAAAUGAAUAUUAGUGAUUAUGCCACGCGGUCACAAUUUAUUGAAGGAUUUUUGACCAGCCUCGGCAAAAAUGUUGAAUCCGAUUUUUUGAGAGUUGUUAGGGACAUUAAACUUAUGAGAUCGGCCAUUUUGAAAACUGGAAAUGGCUUGGAACCUGUUGAUUAUUUAUAGUUAUGUAUUUUAUUUAUUAAAUUUUUAUGGGUUCAAAAAAAUGAAAGAAAUGGGAAAAUAUGAAUAUUUUCUGAUUGCAUGAAAAAAAAAAAAACGUUGUAAGUUUUUGAAUAUUACUUAUCAACUAUUGCCAUCUUAAUUUUAUUGUAUUAUUUUAUAUUUGUUGAGCACUUUCGUAGAUUUUUUAUUUAGA